UGCAAAAGGAAGAGAGCGGAGAAAAGGGAAAAAAAAUCUUGGAUUGUUUUAGGAAUGAACGCUGAGACUUGUGUUUCAUACUGUGACAUGACGGUCAUGGAUUCCUAUUAUAGCAAUUCCGCACAGCAAAAUAGAGAUCAGCACCAAACGAACCCGUUUAGGACAUUUCAAGCAAAUGACACCAAGUACAGCCCCACUUUCCUGACCAACAAAGGUCAGGCUUAUGGGGAAAAGUCGCGGAGUCCUUUCCAACAGGAAUGCCAGCCAUUGGAUGCCAGUUCUGGGGAAGGUACUUUUAACAAAUACCACCUCUACAUGCAGAGGACUUCAUCCAAAACUCCUCCAGAAGGAAACAAACACCACCAGGAAAGCAACCACAACGGAGCGCUCGUUUGUUAUAGCAAAGACUCCUCUGGAUUGACCGACUCCGAGUUACCCCCCAGCUCUGAACCAGCAGGAAUGGACAGCAGCUACCUCACCGUGAAGGAGACGGGGGUCAAAGGGCCUCAAGACCGAACAGGAUCUGACCUGGCCAGCCCGUUGGACAAGGGCGAAGGCGACAGCAACAAAGGCAAAAAGAGGCGAAAUCGGACCACCUUCACCAGCUACCAGCUAGAAGAGCUCGAGAAAGUCUUCCAGAAGACUCAUUACCCUGAUGUCUAUGCCAGGGAGCAGCUGGCACUCCGAACAGACUUGACGGAGGCCCGGGUGCAGGUGUGGUUUCAAAACCGAAGAGCAAAGUGGAGGAAGAGAGAGCGAUUCGGGCAGAUGCAGCAGGUCCGCACCCACUUCUCAGCCGCCUAUGAGCUCCCCCUGCUGACCCGCGCAGAGAACUACGCUCAGAUUCAGAACCCAUCAUGGAUCACCGGCAGCAAUGCGGCAUCUCCAGUCCCGGGGUGUGUGGUCCCCUGUGAAACGGUCACCUCCUGCAUGACCCCACACCCUCACACGAGCAGCGGCGGUGUCUCCGAGUUCCUAGGGGUGCCCGGCGGCAGUGGGCACAUAGGACAGUCUCACAUAGGAAGCCUCUUUGGCAAUCCAGCCGCCAUCAAUGGCUAUGAUCUGAACGUGGAGCCCGACCGCAAGACCUCCAGCAUCGCAGCCCUGCGGAUGAAGGCUAAAGAGCACAGCGCGGCCAUCUCAUGGGCGACAUGAUGCCACAGAGAGGAGCGAAAGAAAAAAAUGAAAAAGUAUAAAUCAGAAAAAAAAAAAAAAAAAAAAA